AUGGCCGAAGCAACUGAAGUCGGCUUCAUCUACCAGUGCGUUCUAUGUGGAUCCUUUGCUGUGUGGGUAGUUGAUGCUUUAGAACCCACAGAGGUGUCGCAACGAGCCAGUGCUCUCAGUACGGGCCAGAAAGUGCUGCAAAAGGACGUCCAUGCUGCUGAAGGAGAGCUCUUGGAGGACAUCCAGAAACGAUUGUAUCCCAAGGACAAGCAAGAUGAGCUUCCUUGCGCACUCCUUCCUUGCAGCACCUGCAUUGAGAUCUUUGAGGGCAGACUGUUCAUGCAGUGGCUAGACGACAGGGCAAAUUGUGAAAGACCUGUUGCCUUGAGUCCGCAAAUCGCAAUAUCCUUUGAAGCUGACGAGCCGCCACCUGCGUACAUUCGGAAGGCAGGCAAGUGGUCCUUGGCCCAGGGGGUCGGCCCCAAGGACUUGGAAGUGAAGCUUCCCUUUCAGCUGCCUGCCGGACAGUUCAAGAUGCUGCUUCCUCCUGUCAUACCGGCUUUGAGACCACCCUGUUGGCAAAAGAAGGGUGCAGAUGAGCAGGACGAUCCAGGAACCUGGGAGGAAAGACAGUAUUUGAUCGAGCGCUUCACGCUCCUCGUAAAUGCCAGCUCACAGGCCCUUUCACAGGCCAAGAGGAAUGCUUCCAAAGCACCGUCCCGUGCUCCACCAGUUGGCCAGGCGCUGCCUUUCAUUUCAAUAAUGCUUGCGGCUGCGGAGGAGGCGGCCGAAACUGCAAAGUGCCGUAUGGCAAAGGGUCUCAAAGGAGCAAAUGGUGCUCGGUAUGUCAAGAUUCCACUGCUCGCCAUGGCUCAGGUGAUCAGUCCUCUGGUGGAGUCUGAGUUGGCUGGCCUGAACGCCUUGCUAAAUCGGCUAAGUGUCUACCCACAUGCCACGAAGUUACUUGAAGACAAGCAGUAUCCGUACCAUCACCAGCCAGCUUGUCCAGAGAAUGCACGGCAGCUGAUGCUCAGCAAGCAAGGCCCAUCCUUGCCCAUCUUGGUCAUGGAGCCAAAGUGUGAUGCAAAUCUUAGCAGCUGGGAGUUCAAGGCUUGCCAGCUGCUGUCACGACAGGCUUUCGGCUACUGGAAAGUUGAAAUCCUGGUAAACGCGCUGUCUGCCAUGAAGGCUCCUGUCGAUCUAGUUUGCGUUCGGUGCCCUUCAGACGUUCGGCACCGGGCAGGCUACUCUCCCAGGCACAACCGAAUUUGGAUGUGCGCAAACCGCUUUUGGAAUCCCUUCGAGUUCAGAAGAGUCCUUGUUCACGAACUGACGCAUGCGUUCGACUUUGCCCGUGCCAAGGUUGACCCUGGCAGCUGUGUCCACAUGGCUUGUACGGAAAUCCGUGCCUGGAACCUAAGUGGUGAGUGCGACUUGUGGACCAACUCCUUCAAAUACCUGGGGGAGGACAUGAUCAAUCGAAAGCAACAAUGUGUACGCGAUGGCGCCCUAGCAUCGCUGCUCGAAAACGAGCGCUGCCAGGACAGGGCGCUGGCGCGGGCGGCUCUUCACGAGGCCUGGGACCAGUGCUGGAAAGACUACUGGCCCUUUACCACGCAGCCCGACCCGAUCGCUCUGCCUCCAACGGUGGAAAUGGCUAAGCAGUUCUGGUCUUUCUUAUCCACCUAUUCAAUGGACAAGUUCAAGUUUGCCAUGCAAGAAGGCGCCUGUCAUGUGGAAACAGGAGCUCCUAAAUGCUUGGGGACCGCAGUCACAGCUGUCGAAUGUGCAGCUGAAUGUGAGAAGAGUGGAGACUGCAUCGCCUUUGAUCGACCCAAUGUUUACGGCAAAUCUGGCUGUUGUUUAUUUCCUGGUGGCAGCGCGGUUUCUGUGAAAGGGGGCAAGGACAAGGUCUGUUUCGUCUUGCAGUCUCCAGGAGAAGUUCGGGCGAAGGGAAUUGGACACUUUGGUGAAGUUUGGAGGGUGCCUUCGUUCUUCAGCACAGUAGAGCUGUCCACCGCUGAAGAUGGGCCACAAGCAAAGGCAGUCAUGGACCUAUGCUUGCCAUGGUCUCACUGCAGUUUCCGAAUCUAUUCCUGUAGAGGUGAGCCGCUUUAUGCCUUACACGCUCGGAUGAUGCAGAGCUUAUCAGACCCGCUGCUCAGCAUUUGGGCGUACGAGGUGCGAAAUGGCACCGGGGACUAUCUUGGGCGAACAUCUGAGCUACAAAGCGGUUAUCAUCCAAUCGAGAUUUAUGAUGCGCACAACCGAAACGUGGUAACACUUGCUACGGUUUGGACCUCGUGGUCGGCCAUGUUCUCUGGCACCUGGUACAUCAACAAUCAGUUUCCAGGCGAGCCCAUUGAGAAGAAUCCCAUGUCCGAUGCGCGCUUGGUGACGCUCAUUGCCGCGCACCAAUUUGCAUCACAAGGAUGGUUCGGUCCCUUCUGGUCAGUGGUGAUCUUGGUGCUUCUACUCUGCGCCCUGUACCUUGGCAUCCGGCGGUGCAGUGCCUCGGACAGCUCGAUGUCCAAGCUUCUGUUGGGCGCCAAGGAGGAGUCCUCCUCCGAGGAGGAGCAGGCCGGUUGUCUCGGCAGUCCUCCUCCAAAGCGAGAAGUUCCGAUGGUAGACCCAGUCGAGUAUCCAAAACAGUGGCAAUCAGCCUGUUAG